AUGACAGUCACGACAAAACCAGCAGAAGCCGGGCGACGACGGCGUCUGGAACGGGAUCUGAUGGAAACCUCGACCCAAUCGGGCCACAAUGCUGGCCGUGGGGGGCGCUUCCGUUUCUAUGGCUCGGGUCUCAAACGGUGUUUUGGCCCCUUCGUCAGGAAUCCUUCCAGUAUCUAUAUAUUCCGUGCUAAGACGACAGCAUCAACCCCAGUCACUCCCGGCCCGCGCAUACUAGAUGCCAAGGCCAUGUCAGAUCCGCACUCGGCUCAGGAUGGGCCCUCAACCAAAGGAUCCCCCUCUGCCGGGACAGCAUCGAUUCUCGAUGGGAAUGAAUGGAUGCAGAAACUGGCUAAACUAUGUGGCCCCAGCGCUACCCUGCGCAACGUUGGAACUCCAAUGGCGGAAAUAGAGUCCAUGUUUGACUCUGUUUUCCCCCGAAACCCAGUCGAAACCAUUCGGGAUUUGCAGUCCGCUCAGUCCGUCAACACGGUCCAGCUAUACGGCAGCAAUGAGGACAUAUUGGAUGCAUACUACAUUUUCAUACAUCCAUACUAUCCCAUCCUUCCCCCGCCUGAUCGUUUGCCUGUUACCCACAAUCCAGUUAGGGUGGACCAUCCGGAUGAGUUCAAGCCGGCAAGUCCUCUCGCGCUAGCCAUCUCGGCGAUGGUGGCGCUGGUCCCCCAUAAAGAUGUGAAAUAUCCUGCCAGACCAGAAUAUGUCACCAUCCGAAGAGAGGUUUCACUGCGAUUUGCCGAAGCCGCGUAUGCGGUGAUUGCUCGGGAUUACCAGCCGCUACGGGCCCCCGGUGGGUUUGAAGGCUCUUUGCGGGAUUCCAUCGGUCGGCCACCGUUUCACCCCAAACUCCCUGUGUGCCUGGAAGGAGUUAUUGCACUAUCUAUCCUGUGCUUCUAUGAGUAUGGCCAGCAAGGGAAUCUGGAUAACACGGCAAGGUUAGCGAAUGAGGCUUUGGAAAUGGCCUUUAUGCUAGGACUGCAUGAGUCCCUGGAGGAAAAUGAGUAUGCCUUGGCCCGGCGCAGGUCAUGGUGGUUUGUGUAUAUGGCCGCAAGUCAUAUGGCAACGGUGACUGGCAUGCCGGCUUCGUUUGACGUGUACGAUCCUUCAUUUGUGACUCCAUAUCCAAAGGACUGGAGGCUCCGUGUUGAAGCCCAACAAGCUUUAUAUGAAGCUGGUAUCUUUGCCGUCGAACUUGACGAGGCUAUACGGCGCCGAGAGGAUGUGUCAUGGAUUCAAAAGCGGAUGUCCGAGCUUGAUACUCAGAUUACCUCACUGCUAUUCGAGUGCCGAGAUAAACUGUCGGCAUCCCAGGGCCCCCAGCCAAACUGUGUCGAAUCGGUGGCCGCAAGCGCUUUGAGAUCGUAUGCUGAGAUUAAAUUGCACAGCGCUCGGAUCAAAUUGCACCGCUACUGUGCCUUUCAAGAUGUGCCCAUGUUCUCUGAACAGCCUGGUCUGCAUCCAGUCUCGUGUGCCAACGAAAGCAUCAAUGGAGGUCGAGCAUCCAGUGAUACGACCUUGCUGCAGCGUCCCGCUUCGAUGCAACAAUUUGGCAUCCAGUUCCCCUUCUCAUCGCACACAUCCUCAGUGAUCUGUGUCCAUGCAGCCAUAAACGUUGUAACUUUAAUGGACAGUCUUCCAUUUCCUAACCCAACCAAUGAUGAUUCUCCGACCAAUUUACCGUACAUAUUCCAGAACUAUGAGGUUCCCCGAGCCAUGCCCACUUUGAUCAGUUGCGCCAUGCAGGCGGGCUAUACGAUGCUGACUCUGAGUUGCAAAACAAGGCCUUUCGUUACAAAGGUGCCGGAUUCGAACGUAGGUGAUUUUCCAUUGGCAGGACUGAGGAAUGAGUUGGAACAGAGCCUGCGAGUAGUAGCGAAGUUCCUGGCGAAUCAUGCAAUUGCCUUUGAGGCAAUUCAAGGAAUGCGAGACGAGAUGGUGGAAGCAAUAGAACGUGAAUUCAGCAAGCCUUGA